CCCAAAUCAUUGUACUCUAAAAUUCCACUGUCCUUUUGGUACUAUUCUCAUCCGCAUAACUAUCUUGUCAUACUAUACCUUCAAGUCAGCUCUCCUUUGAACAUCAGUCAACAUGGGUUACGCAAUUCUCCCAGCGCUCAUUCCCGACAUCCAGAAGGUCUAUGACUCGUAUUUCAAAGCCUUCACCGGUGAUGAGAUGGGAGAGAUCAUGGUUAAAGUCCUGUUCCCCAACGGCACAAACUCUGAAGAGUUCCGUAAGGCACACACCGCUGGCACAUUGGCCUGGUGGCAUCACAGCGACUGCCAGUACACCUACAAGUGCGUCGACACCGAUACUGGCGAGAUCGUCGGUAUGGCGCUGGGCGACAUCUACCUCAGAGAGCGGACUGAGGAGGAGCGUAAGAACCACGGGGUUGGUUGGCUCGAAGGCAAGGACAGAGAGCGAGCCGAGGCUGUUCUCAACCCCCUGCACGAGGCUAGAGAGAAGCUGUUUGGUGGGCGCCGCUACAUCUACUCUCAUGUUAUUGCCAUCGAUCCCAAGCACCAGGGCAGGAAGGCUGGUGCCCUCUGGUGUAAGUGGGGAGCGGAACUCAGCGACAGCCUGGGCCUCCCUCUGUACUUUGAGUCCUCCCCUUCCACCUACAAGCUAUACGAAAAGAUGGGCUACGAGACUCUGGAUGAAAAGAUUGUCCACAGCGCGGAGCUCAUGGGACAACCGGAAGACACAGUCGUUCCGCUCAUGGUCAAGAUGCCUGCAUGUGCAGGGGGCAUGACUUUCAAGGAGUGGCGUGCUGCAGGAUACCCUCCCUUCAACGAGGUCAAGAGUGUCUCGGCGGCUCUUGUAGUCGAUAUGAUUGGUGUCGACCAGAAGGCUAGCAAUGGUGCCAUGUCUGUGGAGGUGCAGGUUCAGGAGGUACAUGUUUGAAAAGAGGGACCUUGUUUUUUGAUUUUGGCGUUCCAGCAUGCUUCAAAAUUCCCCUAUUUGGUUAAUGCAAUCGACCUCUAUAAUGCUUAUUUUGUCUGUUACUCGUGUCUCCCCC